UUUUUUUUUUUAAAGAAGGGAAUCUUUGUCAGACAAUAGUGGGGUUUUUUUCAACCAACUGACUUCUUUAUGAGCACCUGGAAAAAAAAGAGAUUCCUCAAAGAGCUAUUGAUUCAGUUUAGCCAGAGCAGGAGCUUUCAAAAUGUGAGGAAGGGGGGAGAUCAAGCACAAAAUGUAUGUGGGGAUCAGUGGGAGCAAGAGAAACCUCAGAAAAAAAUCCAUCCAGCCUUUUUUUGUAGAGAUAAGUAGAUGAGAGGGGAGUGGGACUAGACCCAGAUUUGCCAGAGGUUUGGGAGCAAUGAUUUUUGUUGAAAGAGAGGUACAAAUUAUGACACUCAAGGAUCCCGGGUGCGGAGUUCAGGGGCAGAUGCUUGGGAAAGCAAGGGAAUGGGAGUAUGCAAAGGAAAGAAGGCAGGGAGCAGGGCACAAAGUAAAACAGAAGGUGUGAGCACAAAAUAAAAAGGCUUGAGACCUCAGGAAUCUCACCUUGUGCAGCUUUCUUGACAAAGCUUGUUUCCUAACAGCCCUUUCACAUCCAUAUGCUACUCAAAACUGACUGUGAAAAUUACAGAAAUUCCAUCUGCUGCUGUUAUGAAAAAAGGUUAAAGAUGCUUGAGAGUCUUAUUUCCUCACAAAUUGCAGAAACUUUCUUCUGCAGCCUUUAGAAUCAGCAAGGUUUGACUUCAGUUCCCGUAAAGCUGGCUUAAAAGCUGACCUUUCACUUCUUGGAAACAUAUUUUUCUUUUAUUACCUUUUCAUGUCCAUUUUUAAAGGAAACUUGUCCUUUCCAGGACUCUAUUUAUAUUUCUAUGUGACUUUUUGGUAUUAUGUGUUCAUUUUUUAAAGUAAUGUUAUUGUUAAAAUUAGUGCUCAUUCUUUUUCCUGCAUUAGAUUCAUAGUGCAUGUGAAUCUGGCUAUUUAAAUAAAUAUUUUAAUUUGCUGAAGAUAGCUCUGUCACUAAGAAUUAAGUAGUCAUUUGUGUCAAGGCUGAACUUACAGUGUUUAUAUUUCCUGCAUGUUGGGGAUGAAAGAGACUUAUUUAGAGAAUUUUCUUCUCUUAGGUACAGGAAACGUUCCUGCCUUAAACCAAAAUGUGUUACUGGCCCAGGGUAGAAAACCCCGCGAAUUCCCAGUCCAAAAUAAACAUACUUUAAAAAAAUAAUCAUCUCCCUUCUGAAAUUGUUUUGUGAUGUUAAAUGGGAAACAGUACAGUUUCUUCGGCUAAAAUAAGCGUGUCCCCGAGUUCCUCCCGGAAACACAGUGGAUCUGUGAUCCUCCCGGGUCGACUGGAGUUGAUCCCGCUACAGCCUUCAUCUCGCCUCCACAGCCUCGGGCUCAGGGGAGAAGGGCAAACUCUGCCUGGACACGAUGUUCCCGUUUUCUGCCGGGAAGGAGAUGCCGCCGUGCCCACCUGAGAAUGAGAACCCGUGGGGCCUGCCCGCGGGCCGAGGCCCCACUCACCACCACAGACGCUUUUGCCAGCCCACGGCGGGGCAAGGACGCGGGCCUGGGUGUGGGCACGGGGAGGCAGAGGAGGCACUGCAGAUCCCGGUGGCCUUUGGCGGCCUAGCGCAGCACGGAGGGGCUCCGCCAGCCCACGGCCGUGGGCAAGGCAGCCACGCGUGGAUCGGCGGGCGAGGCCAGCCUCUUCCCCUGAGGGACCCCCGGCCGGCGCUUCCCUCAGGGGCCCAGAAGCGAGGUGUCCCCCGCCGAGAGGAGCGGCCAGCUCCGCGGUGCGGCCUCCCCGGCGGGCGGGCGGGCGGCUCGGGCGGGGCGGCGCUGCGCGGGCGCGGAGGCGAGGCGCAGAUAAGGCGGCCGCCACCCGGUACUGGCACACAGCCGGCGGGCCGGGGCGGCGGGGACGGAAACACCGGGACUUCCUCUGAGGGAGGCCGGUCCUGAGGAGGCGAGCUCCCCGCGGGGAGCCGGCCCCGCGCAGCGCGGGGGGUGGCCGCGAUCGCGAUGCGGGCCGCCUGGGUGCUGCUGACGGCGCUGGCCGCCCUGUCCGCCUACUACGUGUACCUGCCGCUGCCCGGCACCGUGUCGGACCCCUGGAAGCUGAUGCUGCUGGAUGCCACCUUCCGGGCAGUGCAGCAGACGUGUCACCUGAUUCACUAUCUAAGACUCAGCCAUCACUUGAUAGUUCUGAAUUAUUUGAUUUGUACCUUUGACAAGCUGAAGUCUGUCUCCUCCGAAGACAUUAACAUCACGGAUGCUGUUUUUGACGGUGUGGAAGUCAGAGUGUUUGCACCUCCUGCGAAGCGAGAUGAAACGCUCAAGCGCAGCGUUGUUUACAUCCAUGGAGGGGGCUGGGCCUUGGCAAGUGCAAGAACAAGCCUUUAUAACAAUCUCUGCAGAAUCAUGGCCGAAUCUCUCAACGCUGUCAUUGUCUCAGUUGAAUACAGGCUGGUACCAGAGGUGUGCUUCCCCGAGCAAUUCCAUGAUGCUCUUCGUGCUACUAAGCAUUUUUUGCAGCCUGACGUCUUAGCUGAGUAUUCAGUUGACCCAAGUCGAAUUGCAAUUUCUGGCGAUAGUGCAGGAGGAAAUUUGGCAGCUGCUGUGUGUCAGCAGCUUAGCAAAGAUGAGCAACUGACCAUCAGACCGAAACUGCAGGCUCUGAUUUAUCCAGUCCUUCAGGCAUUUGACUUCAAUACACCUUCUUAUCAGCAGAACAUGAAUAUGCCCGUUCUUCCUCGUUAUGUCAUGAUCAACUACUGGAUAGAUUAUUUCAAUGGUAAUUACGACUUGGCUCACUCACUGCUGAUUAACAACCACACUGCUCUUGACGUUGGCCAAGCUCUCACUUUCAGAGGACGUCUGAACUGGACAUCUCUACUGCCUUCAUCAUUCAAAAAGAACUACAAGCCUGUAAUACAAACCACAGGCAAGGCUGAAAUCAUCCAGGAGAUACCAGCGCUGCUUGAUGUACGAGCAGUCCCGCUCCUCGCGGAAAAUGAAACUCUGCAGCUGCAGCCAAAGACUUACAUCCUGACCUGCGAGAAUGACGUCCUGCGAGACGACGGGGUGAUGUACGCCAAGCGCUUGGAGAACGCCGGCGUGGAAGUCACGCUCGAUCACUUCGAUGACUGCUUUCAUGGCUGUAUGAUAUUCACCAUUUGGCCUACUGAUUUCUCCGCAGGCGUUCAGACCAGAAACAGCUAUAUCAAAUGGCUGGAUGAAAACCUCUGAACAGAGAGUCUCUCUAAGAAGACACGGGGUGCUCCACUCUGGUGUCUGUUCUUGCUGAAGAGCAAACAAAAAGUGCACUUUUCCAAAUUCAGACUUCAUCCCUUUAGCUGCAGCUGGUGGGGGUUACAGACCACUAAUUACAGCAUUUACUAGCUUGAAUGGCCUUGCUCAGCAAAGAAACACUUUUUCCAAACUUUAAUUUUAUUUUUUUUUCUUCCCCCCCUUCUUUCAGAUGACUAUUGCCAAACAACAAAUGUUGAGCAGGGAGAUCAGCAUUCCUGUAGCAUUCUUAACUGGCCACAACUUUCAAUCUUUGACUCUUCAUUAGGCACAAAGGCCACAAUUUUCAAAUGAUGUGAGGUGAAGCCAAAACACCUACAUCUACAUCUGAAUAUGUAAAAAUGGGAGCUGCUUUUUAAGUGCUGAGCACUUGAUGUCAAAGACAGUGUGAGCACUCUCACCUUGACAGCAGAGCCAUGCAUUUGAAUGUCAAGCAUGGAUUUAGGUGUUGGCUUUUUGGCACAUAGACAAAUGGCUCGUUUAAUUUUUUUUCUUUUUAAAAAAACCCUCUUCUAGGCAGUUAAGAUGAUGCUAGCCAAACAUGUAAUUCAGCUUUGGAAUUCAGUGUUUAUUGCUUUUUAGUUAUUUAUAUUUUAUAAAAGCACAGGACUAAAUAUAUUUUCAAUAAAAAGUAUUACAGCAUACAUACAAAUAUAUAGGAUAAAAUACUGUGCUUAGCAGCAGAAUCCAGAUUGUUUAUGUGAGUGGGUUUCAAAGCUGACUACUUAUUUGGCUACAGAACGUUUAAAACCUCAGCUUCAUGACCUCCUUACAGAAAAUACUGAGCAUACUAAAAAAAAAAACUACUGUGUGGUUUGCACUAAUGUUUGUAAUUAAUAGUAGGUUUUGUUUAUUUACUUUUCUUUUGUGCUUAUAGUGUUUAUUAUAUUUCAUGCUUCCUGGAAGGAGGGAGGCAAGCAAAUAGAAGUGGGCUCUAAUCUGUACAGAAGAUUUAAAUCUGAGCUUUGCAGUUGAACUUUAUCUGUCUUGUAGACUGACCCAAAAUGCCUGGUAAGAUGAUGUCGCUGUUGUGCAACAAAUAUCAACAGUUUGAGCCAGACAGGAAGGACAGGGAAGUGAAACCACUUGCAACAGUGUGUGUUGUCCAGGAUGGUUCCUGCUUGCAGAAAGGAAGGUUGUGUCAAAAGCCCAGUGUUUCUAGCAAAGAAGAGAGAAUUAGUGGAUUAAAUUCAUCGUCAGUUUUACUACAGACUUCUUGUGGGACCCCAGGAGAACAACUUAAUCUCCUUAUGCCCCACUCUUUUCUGCAAGCGAGGGAGCAGUAGUUUCCUACCUCACAAAGGAGCUGUGAAGCUGAAUUCGCAGGCGUUGCUGAAGCACAGGGAUGGGAUGGUGGCUGGCAGGCACUGCACAGCUCCCAUAGCUUUUGACUUUCCAUCCUUCUCUAAUAGCUGGCUCAGAGCAGCCUGGCCCACGAUGGGUCCUCCUGGGCAGUUAGCUCAUCGCGGUCCUGGCUCCUGUACCAUUACGUGAGGCUUCUUGGCCACUGGGACGUCAUGACAAAGGCAACUUCAUUAGAGCGUUUCUUACGGCGGGAUUCUGAAAAGUUCUUUAAAAAAAGCACAAGGUACGGGUAGAUCAAACUGCCUUCAGUCAUUUAAAAUAUUUACAGAACAGUCCACUUUCACUGGUAUUUAAAUUAAGUAAGAGAAUGGCUUUGUUGAAUUCAGCCUCGAAGUUGGCUCAAUCGUGCUGGCUGAAGCUCAUUUCUGGGCAUAGGUUCACACGGAGGUCACAAGCCAAAGCUUUUUCAGCAGUGGCUUAGAGUCGUCUUCCAUCUAGAUCGUUACAAAGGCUUGGUGGAAUUAGAGCAGCCGAGUGACAAUCUGAAUCAGAAUAAAUUUUGGUCAAGAUAUCCAAUUAACACUGCAGAACAAUUCAAAUUUUUUUUUAUGGAUUUGAACCCUCUUUCCCCCCUUCCUCCAUAAACACAACUUCAGUAGGUAUAAUUUACACUUAAAACAGAUAGCAACCAAAGUUAUGUCCAUGCAAAACACAAAUUACUAAUCUGCUCCGGAGCCCUUUCCACUGUAUGGAGACAGUUCUAUUUCCCUGACUUUAAACUGUGACGUAAAGAGUAAAAAAAAAAAAAAAAAAAAAUAUUACACUCAGUCAUAACAACAAGCUUCUUACUGGCUUUCCCACUUAAAGAGUAAAUUCAUGUCAGAGAAGAUGUAAUUUAUAUCCUCCUGCAGUCAUUAAAAGAUUGUAGUAGCUGUCAUACUGGAAAAAAGGUGGUUAAUAUUCCUGUAAAUUCUGUAACAAUUAAGUUUGCCUGAGAGCUGUCUGCAAAGCUUUAGAUCAGCAUUUGUUCAUAUCUAAGUUACAAAUAUCUGCUAUGAAGCUAUAAUAUAAUUACUGCUGGGUUUUUUUAACUGAAAUGAAAUGGAGAGCUGGAAUAUAUAUUCAUGGAGUCAGCUGUAAAUUUCCUUCAUGCACUGAAGCACAUUAAAGUCUUGGCACAAGAAGUGGUAGUAAGUAUAUAACUGGACUGAAUGUGUUUACUAAGUCAUCACCAGCUUGACGUGACAUCCAAGGUCGCAGCACAACUUGGAUGAGAUGUGACAGUAUUAACUAGUUCUGUCAAAAUAUCUCGACUACUUUUAUCAUACAGCUAUAUGGUCUAAGCACACGAUAGCUGCAAAGAUACGUGGUGGAUCCUACAACAUAUGAAAAGACCUUUUAGUAUAUAGCCGCACAAGACACUUGAUUAAUAUUCAGUGUGAACCUUGAAGUAAGUGUUAGUCCAAAAUCAGCUUUCCCCUACUUUGCUUUGUUCUCUUUUGCACAUAAAGUUGAAAGUUUUGGGUUGUUUGCAGCUGAGUUGAGGUCCCGCUAACGCAGCUGAGAGCUGAGCCGGGGCCGGCAGGCAUGGUUACACAGAGCUGGUGCCUGCUAGCAAGAGAUUAAGGUUAAUGCACGUUACAACACCCCGAUUUGUUCUUGUCCUACAUCUCCUAAAGUGUUUCCUCGGGCAUAGCCAACACCUUCAUUCCUUGGUUGUUUCACAAAACAGCGUAGGGCACUUUGCACAUUGUAGGAUCAGAUCAAGUACUUGUAACAAUAUUUCACCUGUGCACAGUAAAAGUCAGUCUUCUAAAAGAAGAUACUCAAUAAAUUUGUCUACUUAUCUUUUCAUUAAAUCAACAAGCAUGGCUAACUACUUUUUGAAGACUGCUUCUUUUUGUCCUCCUCCUACAAUUAGACUUCAUCCAUUGCAAGAAUAUCUUCUUCCUGACAGCCAUCAAAGCAUUCAAAUGUAAGCUUUAAAAAAACCAAAAAAGCUCGCAUAACAGACCCUAUAGUCAUUUGUAUCCUAUUUUCAUAGACCUGGGAACUAUAUUAGCAGGUCCCCAGAAUUUUGGCCAAUAUUUGCAGGACUAAAUGGAGGUUUUGUCUCCCUCUUAAGGGAUGGGUGUUUGGCAUUUCUGAAAGUCCGACUCAUUUAAAGAUGUUUCAUGGUGCAUAAAAAAAAUCACAAAUAAGUUGAAUUUCCUAACUUUCAUGUAAGUAAUUCCAAAAUUGCUUCCCUAGCCAAAGCAGAAAGGCCAUUGUGGGUUUUAAGCCCUACAAAUUAAAAAGAAAUACUUUGAUCUUUAAAAUGUUAUUUUGUAGUGUUUGGGCCUCUGUAUUUUUUUUAAUCUCUUACCAAAUUUUAUUAGAAUAUUUUUCAAAUAAAACUAUUAGAACUAGGUUAGCCUGUGUCGAACCUUCUAAGCUGCUAUGAUCUGUAACAACGAUGUUGUUAAAAAAAUCCAAAACCAGCUGGUUUUAUGUUCUCUUAUUUAUGAUGUUUAGAAAACCAAAGUACAACGUACUUGACGUGAAUGCGUUCAACACCUUAUGCGUGACCAUUUUUGCUUCUUUCCCAGUGCAGGGGAAGGGUCUUGUAAGAUCUAAUUAGCAACUGUGAUUGAGAUGUGCUAUCAAAAUGAAGAACAAAUAAAUAAAGUGAAAUGUAUCUGU